GGGGAGCUGUGGAAAGUUGGCUCAGAGCGGCAGCCUUCCUGAAGAAACUGUAAGCCUCCAUCCCCCCAACCCCUCUGUUUUGGUCCCCUCCCAGGUAGGGAUGUGGUUGCCACGGCAACUGCUGAAUCAUCCUCCACCAUCCGCGGCCAUCCUCUGAUUCCAUCUCCCCACGCAGCCAAGCCCAGGCCUGCAUUAGCAUACUGAUCUGAUGCUUCCAUUUGCUGUAUUAGCUGCAGCAGCCUGUGCAGGAUCGUCUCGUAGGACGCAGAGGUGCAGCGGGCUGAACGGCAGUCAUUCGGAUGGGUAACGUACCCUCUACAGUGAAGCACUGCCUGAGCUAUGAGCAACUCAUCCAGGACUACCCAUGGCUGAAACGCUGGCUGCUGGAGGAGAAGAGUGUUGCAGGACACGAGUAUCCAGAGUUUGUCAAAGUAGUUGAAGUUGGGCCGAGAGAUGGACUUCAGAAUGAAAAGGAAAUUGUUCCGACAGAGGUGAAAAUCCAGCUGAUAGACAUGCUCUCAGGAACAGGCCUGCCUGUGAUCGAGGCCACCAGCUUUGUGUCUUCAAAGUGGGUACCGCAGAUGGCAGACCACACUGAUGUACUCAAAGGAAUCCAGAGGGUGCCUCAUGUUCAGUACCCUGUUUUGACACCUAACAUGCAAGGCUUCCAGGACGCUGUUGCAGCUGGUGCUACUGAAGUGGCGGUGUUUGGGUCAGCGUCUGAAAGCUUCAGUAAAAAAAAUAUUAACUGCUCUAUUGAUGAAAGCAUGCUGAGGUUUGAGGAAGUCAUUAACACUGCCAAGGAGCGACAAAUUCCAGUCCGUGGAUAUGUUUCUUGUGCCCUUGGAUGCCCCCACGAGGGACACAUUGAACCUUCCAAAGUUGCUGAGGUGGCAAAGAGGUUAUAUAAAUUAGGCUGCUAUGAGAUUUCCCUGGGGGAUACCAUCGGUGUUGGUACUCCAGGUUCCAUGUUAAAGAUGCUGGAGAGUGUGAUGAAGGAGGUGCCCUCCAGCGCUUUAGCAGUUCACUGCCAUGACACUUAUGGGCAAGCACUGCCCAACAUCCUGACUGCACUUCAGAUGGGGGUCUGUGUGGUGGACUCUGCAGUAGCUGGUCUGGGAGGUUGCCCAUACGCUCAGGGUUCAUCUGGCAAUGUUUCAACAGAGGAUGUUCUCUAUAUGCUCCACGGCAUGGGCAUCCAAACUGGUGUGAACCUUGCCAAAGUCAUCGAGGCUGGUGACUUCAUCUGCAGUGCUUUGCAUCGCAAGACAAACUCCAAGGUUGCUCAGGCAAUCUGCAGAGCUCUGUGAUCUGUUUCCUUAAAGGAAUAUAUUUAAAUAUAUGACUCUGCUCCCUCUAAAGUGCUUCCCCUGCUGUUGCUGCCUUCGGAUUUGUUGCCUAUGCUUCUGUAUUUCAAGUGAAUUGUUCCUUUUUUUAAGCUGUCAGGAGGUGUCUCUUUGAAAUAAUCUGAAAAAUUAUAAGAGGAUUUCAAUGCUGUUUACUUUCCUACCUUUCUGUUCAUUUCUACAUCCUGUGACUUGAAGGAAAAAGGACUCAAAGGACCAUUAUGAUCAAAUGAAUCAUCGUUUUAUGUGAUAUUCUGGUCGUCUUAUUUUCUCUGCAUGGUUGUAAAUUACUAAAACAAACUAUAAAGAAAAGCAUUUAUUUGUGAUAAAUGUCCAGAUUGAUGACUUGAUGGGUCAUAAAUACUUACUGGCCUUUUUAAAAGCUGAUUUAUCCACCUCUAUAACUUUCUCAUGUUUAUUUGACUCAGACAAACCAAGUUAAACUUAGUCACUUUUAUUACUGUGGGGUAGCUCAGAGGCCUUGUGAAAUAAAGUAACAUUGUAAGUGUAGUCUGUUUUGGCAACUCUCUGAACUCAAUUUAUUUGCACGACAGGCGCGGUAAACAGUGAAAAGAAAAAGCUUCAUGCUUUGACUAUCUUUAAAUGCACUUUACUCCUCUGAAAAUCUUUAAGCUUUUCCUACUCCUUUGAACUACUGCAAAAAUAACAAUUUAAAAGCCAGCUCCGAAAAGUUUUUACCCUCAGGUUUGCCAAAGAUCACUUGAGAAGUGCCCCUUGAUCAUGGGAGGACUGUCAAAUGUACUUUUAUCCUGUCAGUGUGUGUUUAUAUUAUACU